AUGAACUCACUUGAGCAUACAAUACUUUCAAUAAAAUCGGACUCGGCAUCUUCUACAAUAACAGCAAUACCAGCAAAGAAAUUGCCCUUCUUGUUUAAAUAUAGAUCCAGCCAUCUGUUUGUAUUCUGGACAGCAGCGAUUGGUCUGUUCACAAGUACAUUUGUUCAUUCUAUAUUGUUUCCGUUGUCACCUUUUAUUGUUGCACGUAUAAGAAAUUUAGAUAAAGAAGGCACUGAUCAUGCUCAAUCGACAGCUAUCACUAACAAUGUUGAAAUGACUUCACGAGAUACUGUGGGUUCACCUAUCUUUGGCUGGUUAGGUGAUCGUAUUAAACAACGAAGAUUACCCAUGCUGUUAGGCACAAGUGCGUCAAUGGCAGCUAAUGUGCUGUUCAUGUUGAGUACGACUUAUCCCAUGCUUUUGAUUGCUCGGUUCUUACAGGGCGUCUCUAAUGCGUGCGUAUGGACAAUGUGUUUAUGUUUAAUAGCAGAUAAUUGGCCAAACGAGCAAUUAGGCGCACAGAUGGGUAAGCUAGUCGGGUUUUAUCCUUUAGGCAUGAUGAUUGGAUUACCAGCAGGAGUGUUGUACAGUGAGCUUGGACAUCAGGCACCGUUUAUUGCCUCUAUGAUCUUGAGCGCUAUUGACUUUCUAAUGCGCCUUGUGAUUAUUGAACGAUCUAGUUCACCUCCAGAUUGGUUUGGCGAUUCAACAGAAAAGCAAGAAAAAGACGCAUUAGACACAAAGACCGGUCCUACACUAUCCAUGCGAUUAGCUCAAGAAUGGGGAUUUAAUGCGGCAGGCUGUAGCUUGAUUGUAUUGGCCUACAUGAUUCCUUCUAUUAUUGCAAGCAUGGUGUGUGGAUGGUUAUGCGAUCAAUUUGGCACCAAGAUUAUUGCGUUAGUUUCCUUGUUUCUGGCCACACCAUCUUGCCUUAUGAUCGGAUUUCCAAGUCAAGAACGAGGAUCUUUUUGGCUUUUGGUCCCUAUUUUAAUUAUGGGCGGUAUCACCAUUGCAGGAUGCCAAGCGCCGGUUUUUCCAGAAAUUGCAUUGGUGGUCAAUAAGGAAAAUGGUGACUCAGGGUCAUCCGAUGGAUUAGCACGAAGUUAUUCUUUGUUCAAUGCUGCUUACGGUGUUGGUAACUAG